UAUCGUGCCGAGGGAAAUCCAAACAGACGAAAAUGCGAGCAUCCACAUUGUUGAUCGGCCUACUGUUGGUGGCCAGUUGCUCCUCGAUUUUGGCCAGGCCGCAGGACAGCACCACUCCCAGCAGCAGCACCACCUCAACCACCAGCACCACCACUCCGAAACCCGAGGAAUCGACCACCAGCACUACGACUACCACUACGACCACGGAAAAAACCAAGUCGGAGUCCACAAUUCCCAGUACCACCACUACUAGCACCACUCCGAGUACCACCCCCAGUACCACUCCCAGCACCACCACAACCACCACCACCACCACUCCAAAACCCGAUGACGAUGAAGCCACCAAACUGCUGCAGCAAUGUGCCGAGUUGAGCCGCCGGAAGAAGCGCGGUGGUUCGUCCUCUUCCGAAGAAGACAACAGUGGUGAGAAGAAAUCGGCGAAGAAAGAACGCAAGCAGUUGAAGAAGCUGUGCAAGCAGUUAAGGAAGCAGCAGGAGCGCAAGCAGGAGCAGGCCCAGAAAUCAGCACUAUCCGAAUUGGCCGAUGCCCUGCGAAAUUACAACCAAAAACAUACGAACUAAGAAUGUUCUAGCUUUUUUCUUUAUUUUUUUUUUUGUUUUAUAGUGUAUUUUAUUUUACAAAUUCAACCAAUAAAAAAGUUAUUCUGUUUUAAUA